UCACUGAAAAUUUCAUUUUCCGGUUUAAGGGAGUAGGUUCGUAAGUGUCCUUACUUAUAAUUAAAUCGCUAAUUUCGAUAUAAUAAUCUAAAUUACUUUGUAAAAAGUCAAUCUAAACAUUUUGAAUAUGUCGGUGCAAACUCUGCUUUUGGAUUUCUCCAUCGACCCCGCCCGCUUGGGAGAUGAAAAUGGACAGAAGUCGGUAUUCAAUCAAUUGCAGACUGUAUUGAAAGAUUUCAUACCAAAUUUGAUUCUUGCCGCUGAUAUUAAACUAGAAGGCGGCUGUCAGAAGUUACUAACGGGGAAAAAGGGUUGCACGGUAUCCGUGCGAAUGUUCGAUCGAGGCCUGAUCACUGUAAAUAUUGAGUUUUAUAAAGAGGAAAAUGAGGAGCCCCUUAUAAACUUGAAGUCGGCGAGGGUAUUGGAAAGUCAACUAAAAAAAUACAUCACCUUUAUAAAGUCUCAAGCAUACGCCCCGUUAAAACGGUGCCUGUUCGGCAGAUAUUAUCCCACAUCAGAUGAACGCCUGCUGGAGUACGACAUCGACAGCGUGUUGUUCGACGAGCAGUCGUCAUUCCAGCGCGUGCAGGUCGUGCACUCCAAGUCGCUCGGCAACAUGCUCGUACUCGAUGACCUGCAAAAUAUCUCUGAGGCGGAUCUGAUCUACACUGAAACUCUGAUGCAGCGCGGCAAGGAAAACUAUGAGGGCAAGGAAAUCGUCAUUCUGGGUGGCGGCGACGGGGCCCUUUUAUACGAACUGUUGAAAGAAAAACCGAAGUUCGUAUGGAUGCUGGAGAUCGAUGAAAUGGUCAUGAACGCAUGUAACAAAUAUCUCAAAUCAAUAUGUGGCGAUGUUCUCGAACAAAGGAAGGGUCCUAACUACGAAAUUAUAGUUGAGGAUUGCAUGCUGACUGUGAACAAAUUCAUCGCCGAGGGUCGGAAGGUUGACUACAUUUUCGGCGAUCUGACGGACAUUCCCAUCUCGGAGACGGCCUGCGGCGAGCUCUGGGAGUUCAUGAUCACAAUACUGGAUAGCGCUUUCAAGAUCCUCAAGCCAGACGGGAAGUUCAUGACUCAUGGCAACGGCGCGACAUCAUCAGAAUCCCUAAAGCUAUACGAGCAGGAACUCGUCAAGCUGAACCCUCCAGUGCAGUACACCAAGAGCAAAGCCUUCGUGCCAUCCUUUUUCGAGGACUGGAUCUUCUACCACAUCGCGUUCAAAAACGACAAUGACAACGGGGACGCCUAAACCAAAGAUAUCUCGAUUAGUAACCACCCUCUAAGUCACUCGGCAAUAGUUUACCUCCGUAGGGUUGCCACUUUUAUAAGUGUGUAGAAUAGGAAAAAAAUUGAGUAUUAUGUUGUCAGUAUUUUAAGCAUUUUAUUUUUUAAAUGUUUUACAGUUCCUUUUUAAUUAAGUUUACAAAUAUUUGGUUUAUAUUAAAUUCAAAGAUUUGUUUCUUGUUUACAUACAUGUAUGUAUACAAACAUAAAAUAGUCAGAAAUAACAUUUUCAUGUAUAUUUAAUCUUAGUAAUCAUAAUUUAAAAUUAAUCAUAGUGUGGCAAUCCUAUCAUAAAUUUACUGUAGAUCAUAACAACCAAAGGGGAUCAAUUUUUGCCGCGAUAUAUCAAACAAACCAAAGGUUUUAGGACUAGUUUAAGAAUCAUUGGGCCAAAAUGAUAGAAGUUGGUCUAUCACAAGGCAGCUGCAGAUUGCGGAUCGAGGCCGCUAGGUUGUAAGAACGUAGUCACACUACAGUUGUGUCGUAUUAUUAGCUGAUAAUGUACUGUUACUUUAUAGUAGUUUUAUUGUAUUUAAAACUGUCACAUCAAUAGUAAUAAAGAAACAAUCUGAAA